AUUGUGUGACGAAAUCGAGGUGUCCUAACACCGGGCUUUGAGUCUUUGACGCUGUCCAAGGAAAAUUGGAAUGAGGGGAUCGGUUUCCGAUUGAACCGACUCGGCCGCGACAUGGGGAUGGUCGAUCACCGAACAUUGAAAUGUGGUGCAGGGGAUCUUCCGCUUUUUAUUCCUUUUAUCUGGGUACCUUGAGAGGUAAGCUGGCCCAACUGGCGACUGUUAGCAGGUUUAUCGCUUGUUCCAUUUUCGCAAGCUCUCGCCGAUGCAUCCUUGAACUGCCUUGGCUCAUCGGGUAUCAUCUUCCAGAUCUCGCGCGCUGUGGAAGUGGAGUAGAAGAAGUUGAGAUGGCGAUGGGAGAAGACGGUUUGGGUGCUACCUCCCUCGUGGCGGGCGAUGGAAACAUCAAAUUCUGCUUGUUCUUUCCGCCGAAGGCCAUCAUCUCCUCAAAACCUUGUAUAAGAAGCAUCAGCACCGUCGCCUUACCCAGCGUUCCCCGUCGCAGUUAGUGGUCCAAAAGCGGAAAGGAGGAGGGAAACUCCGCUUGCUUUUCUUUCUCUCCUUCGUGUCUGGCGACCCUCGUCUCUCUCUCUCACUUCUCGUCUUUCCUCAGGGCAGGGUUCUCCAAUUUAGGGUUGAACGGGGAAGCAUGCUAGCGGAGUGGGAUGGUUGUCUGAUCCGAAACUGUUGUUUGGUCGGUUAAUCGGCGAAUUUUGAUUUCCUUUUGUCAUAUUGUUGACGUUACGCUGCGAAUUUUGCUCGAAAUCAUGGAUUUCUGCCGCCAGUUUUUCUUAUGAGCAUGAGAAAGGCUGUGGAGGUUUGUAUGAAUCGGUCGACGUGGAGAAUGCGGAGUCCAGCAACCUCUCGGGAUUCAGACGGUUUUCUUGGUUGGGACGUGGUAGCAAAUUGACUUGCCCUUUUUGGAGUUUGAGGGAGGAGGACCUCGUGAAUUACCAUUUUCUGAUGUUCAAAAAUUGUAGAGCAGGCGCUGUUAGCGAUUGGAGACGGUCAUGAGAGAAACUGCAGCAAAGGCCAUACUUCGUGGAGUUCGGGCGCUGGGUCAUCGUUCGGUGGAAAUUAGGGAAGAUGGUAAACAAUUCAUCUUCUUCUGCUCCGUCUGUCUUACACCUUGCUACAGCGACUCUGCAUUGUUCGAUCAUCUGGGAGGAAGCCUUCACUCGAGAAGGUAUGCUGCGGCAGAACUCACGCUUCUCGGUUCGAACCCUUGGCCUUUUAAUGAUGGCGUUUUUUUCUUCCAUGACCUGGACGAAGAGAAACAACUUCAUAUUACGAAUUAUAGUGAACAUAAAUGUAACGCAAGUUCUGCACAGCUUCUUUUAACCAAUCAUAAACCUGAUUCAAGUGCUGAUCAAAAUGCCUCGCAGCUUGUCCUUGGCAACAAGGGAGAUAAUUCGAGUGCUUAUGGGAAUGUAAUCCCUGCGUCAGAUUUACUUGAGCAGGUCUCCUGUGUAGGGGAUGCAAGUCUCCAAAUUGAGUCAAAUGGUCAUGAUAAAAAACUUAAAAUGUCAGAACGUCAGGAGGUAGGCAAUCUGGUGAUUUCACGAGUUUUGUACGGGGAAGAACUUUCCAGCCUAUGGGUCAAUUUUCUUGGCUGUGGUGGUAUCAGCAUUAGGGCCUCAAAGGGUGACGGGAUAAGUAAGAUAUGGUGUGCUUGGUUAGGUCAGGACUAUAAAAGUGAUACUUAUGGGGAUGUUGCUACACCUGACUGUGAUUUUGCUGUUGUUAUUUUCCCAUACUCAGAUGACCUUGGUAGGGAAAGAAUUGGAAGUGAUCUAAAUCCAUUCUGUAUUUUUGAUGGAAGAACUAAGGAUGCGGGCGAAAAUGGAGUGAAGAGAAAAGGUUCAUUUUGUGGGCAGUCUGACAGCCUCCCAGGUUCAUCAGCUGGUUCUUCUGGUGACAGUCGUGCGGUUUUUGACAGUUCAUCCAAUGAAGCGACAUGUUUACCAGGAAAUAAUUGCAGUCUCGUCUUAGCAUCUGAUGUAUAUGAAGAAAGGAUACAGCAGGAAAGGGUAUUCUCAAACAAAUCUGUGAGAAAGGAACUAAGAAGAAGACAGCGAUUGGCGUCCGAAAGAUUAUGUGGUAUUUGCCAGCAAAGGAUGCUCCGAGGUAAGGACGUUGCGACACUUUUGAAUAAGAAGACUGGAAACCUUGCUUGCAGCAGCAGAAACACACAUGGGGCCUUCCAUGUUUUUCACAUAUCAUGUCUUAUUCAUUGGAUUCUUUUCUGCGAAUCAAAAGUAUGGCAUAGCUCAAAAUCCAUAAGUGGAAGAAGAAAUGCAGUAUCCAAGAAGCAACUUGCAGUUGAGUCUGGUGCACAACGAGCACCAAAUGGGAACUCAACUUUCAGCACAAUCUCUUCUGUUUUUUGUCCUGAGUGCCAGGGUUCUGGUCUCAAAGUUGAGGAUGUGCUGGAGGUCCCAAAGAUGCCACUUUCUGAGAUGUUUGUCUGUGUAAUAAAUACAAUCCAGUCCCAGAGGGCAUGGAUGGAUCAUCCAGAAGUUCUGGAUAAAUGCUCAACAGGCCUCUACUUUAAGGAGAACAUUAAGGGUACAACGUUGCUUCUGAAAUUGCUUUACUUUUACCGGGCUGAUAGCUAGUAUUACAUGAUCCCUGUCUAUAUACAAGGUCCUACAUUGACCGGUUUCUGUUUCCCGUAACAAUCACAGUAGGUUUGCUAGAUGUAUCAUUAAGUCCAUGCUAAUGCAUGUAAGCAUAGGUAGGAUUCAGUCUUGUAUCAUCGUUGCACAUUUUGCCCUUUGUAGGUGCAUCCUUCGUCUAUGGGCCAGUGUAAUCACUGAACAGUUGUAAAUAAUUCGGUUUCUGUUAAAUGAGGGUUUUAUUUCA